UCUCUCGCGCUACUGUGGGAGGGGUGCAGUAGGUGGUGCCCAAGCGUGGGGAAAGAGCGAGGCGUGCGUCGUCGCGCAGGCGCAUUGGCGGACGACGGGCCCUGUGUUUCCAAAAUGGCCGCAGCGAUGGAUGUGGAUACCCCGAGCGGCACCAACAGCGGCGCGGGCAAAAAGCGGUUCGAAGUGAAAAAGUGGAAUGCGGUAGCCCUGUGGGCCUGGGACAUUGUGGUUGAUAAUUGUGCCAUCUGCAGAAACCACAUUAUGGAUCUCUGCAUAGAGUGCCAAGCCAACCAGGCAUCUGCAACAUCCGAAGAGUGCACCGUGGCCUGGGGAGUCUGCAAUCACGCGUUUCACUUUCACUGUAUCUCUCGCUGGCUGAAAACGCGGCAGGUGUGUCCGCUGGACAACAGAGAGUGGGAAUUCCAAAAGUAUGGACACUAGAAGAAUUUUUCCGAUGUAACUGUUACUCACUCAUCAAGCGACCUACUUCGUAUUGUUAUAAGUUAGAUAGGACUGUGUCCUUCCCCGUCGUCUUUCAGUUUGCUGUCCCCUGCCCAUAGUUCUCAAAUAAAGUUCUGUUGGGUUA